GGAGAGAGGGGUUCAGGCAGGAGUAAAUGCUUUUUUUGUUUUUCUUUCUUAAUUUCCUUUUUUUUUUUUUUUUUUAAAUGCAUUUGAAUCCUACUGCGCAACCAGACCGGAUCACGUGGGGUUGGAGAGAGUUGGAUCGAUUUCGUACAGUUCAAUGUGAGAAAGAGAAAAAGGAACAACCAACUCCUAUAUCUUCUUAUUUUACUUCUGUGGAUAACUGGAACUGUUGAUACUUUUGCGUAAAUACAGGAGAAGGGGGGUAGUUUGACUUGCUUCUUUUUUCAGCCUUGGAGGUGAGGAGUAUUGAGUCUUAUAUGCCUGGGGUUUGAAAAACAAUGGAGACGCACAUUUCGUGCCUCUUCCCGGAAAUUUUGGCCAUGAUUUUCAGCUAUCUGGACGUGAGGGACAAAGGCAGGGUAGCCCAAGUGUGCAUAGCUUGGAGGGAUGCGUCCUACCACAAGUCAGUGUGGAGGGGGGUGGAAGCCAAGCUGCACCUCCGCCGGGCCAAUCCCUCUCUGUUCCCCAGCCUCCAGGCCAGGGGCAUCCGGAGGGUCCAGAUCCUGUCCCUGCGCCGCAGCUUAAGCUACGUGAUCCAGGGGAUGCCUAACAUUGAGUCCCUCAAUCUGUCUGGCUGCUACAACCUCACUGACAACGGGCUGGGUCAUGCGUUUGUGCAGGAGAUCCCAUCGCUGAAGGUUUUGAACCUGAGUCUGUGCAAGCAGAUCACAGACUCCAGUCUGGGCAGGAUAGCUCAGUACCUGAAGAACCUGGAGGUGCUGGAGCUCGGCGGAUGCAGCAACAUCACCAACACUGGGCUCCUCUUGAUAGCUUGGGGCCUCCACAGACUCAAGAGCCUCAACCUGAGGUCCUGCAGGCAUGUCUCCGACGUGGGGAUUGGACAUUUGGCGGGCAUGACUCGCAGUGCGGCUGAGGGCUGCUUGAACUUGGAGUAUCUGACCCUCCAGGACUGUCAGAAACUCACAGACUUGUCACUCAAACACAUUUCCAAGGGGCUGACCAAGCUGAGGGUGCUGAACCUUAGCUUCUGCGGAGGGAUCUCGGAUGCGGGUAUGAUCCAUCUCUCGCACAUGGCGUCCCUGUGGAGCCUCAACCUACGCUCCUGUGACAAUAUCAGUGACACAGGGACCAUGCACCUUGCCAUGGGCACCCUGAGACUUUCUGGGCUAGAUGUUUCGUUUUGCGACAAGAUUGGGGACCAGACAUUGGCGUACAUCGCCCAGGGGCUCUACCAGCUCAAGUCCCUGUCCCUGUGCUCGUGUCACAUCUCAGACGACGGGAUAAACCGGAUGGUGAGGCAGAUGCACGAGCUGAGGACCCUAAACAUUGGACAGUGUGUUCGCAUCACGGACAAAGGGCUGGAGCUCAUAGCCGACCACCUGACCCAGCUGGCAGGCAUCGACCUGUAUGGAUGUACCAAGAUCACCAAGAGGGGACUGGAGAGGAUCACACAGCUCCCCUGCCUUAAAGUGUUGAACCUGGGACUCUGGCAGAUGACAGAGAGUGAGAAAGUGAGGUGAUUGGAAAUGUGUUGUUGUGUUCUUUUUGGUUCUUUUUGUUUCUGUAUGGGUAGGGGCAUAAGUAGACGGGCAUGGGACAUUUCUUUUCUUAUUUCAAAAAGAGAGAAAACCUCCCUUUCCCCUCCUGUGUGCUUGUGUUCUGAGUGACCAGAAUUUUCUGUUUCAAGUGUUUCUCUGUUUCUUUCACUUGGCCUUGCAGGAUUGAAAAUUAGUGUUUGAGAUGACUAAAUAUUCUGCCUGGUAGCAAACAAUGAAACCUUACUUUUUAUGAGCUCAUGAACAUCCAUGUUAACAUUUGGUUUGGUCUCAUACUGAGUUUAAUAUCUCUUGCAUUCUGAAAUUUGGACUGGAAUAACUGUUCACAAAUCAGCUUAUUUCACGUAUUUGGCAAAAAAAACAAAACGUGUCGUUCUCGCUGUAAAAGUUGCGUCUCGUUUUGAAGCGAAAUGAGGUUCAGAACUCUUAGUGUGAGACUUUUCUUUUCAGUUUUACAGUGCGUCUGGAUUUGAUACAUUUAUGACUAAUCUCCUGCUACAGCCAUCACGCCUACAAAAACAUUUGGCUACCUCGUAUGUGGUUGUUUUCAAAGGGUGUAUACUGUUAAAAAAAACAGAAGGAAAGCGAGAAUGAGAGACUCGGAGAAAAUGUGCCUAAAGGGACUGUGUCUGCCCCCUCCCCCCAUCCCCCCUCUCCUACUCUCCCCCCCCCCCUCCCCCGGCCCAUUCCUCCCUCCCUACUCCAUGAGCAGAGCUGGAGAAAGGAGACCAGGACACAAUCUAACUACCUUUGUUAAUUUAGCUCCAUAAACAGCAACAAAUCCCAAGAGAGAAGAAGAGAGAGAGAGAGAGAGAGAUUGAUACAUUUGAAGAAGGCAACGCUUUAUGCAAAAUGUAACAAGGCAAAAUCAUAAAACCGCUCAUAUGCAAGAGCCUUUAUUAUUGUUUAUUUUUUGGGGAUAAAGCCCAACUUUAACACCCUUUAGGAGAUGUUGUGUUCAUGGUUGGAGGGAGAUAAAAAUACAAAAUCAUGAGAUUACCCUUAGAAGAAAUACUUACAGUCGUCCUAUAAUGAUAACAGUACAGUGCAUAAUGUAAAAAUGUAUGAUCAAGGCCAUUAUUCAAUUGGAGACAAGCUGAGAGCACAUAGGGAAAUGAGGUGUUUUUUUGUCAGGGACCUGGUGGGAAUAAAAGCCAGUGGAUAUUGUUCAGAGUGUCAUACUUCAAAUUGAAGUGAUUUCUAAGUCUUAGACCCUUUUUAUUGAUAGAAACGUAUCAGGGUUUGUCUCAUGGCUUUAUUUUCCCACGUUAAUGCCAACACAGGUCGCAUUCAUAUUCAUGCUGCUCCGGUCGGCAAGACAGGAAGAGAGUGGGAGAAAAGGGGGAGAGAGGGAAGGGGAGGGAGAUCUGGUUUUCCUCCUCUUUUUCUCCAUCUCUCUCUGAAUAAAAAUACCCUCAAUCCAUUUCGAGACAUGCUUAGAAUAAGGAGCCAUCGAUUAUUUUCUUUUUUUUCUUUCUCUUUUUCUCUCUUCCGUCUCGGGUUACAAGCAGGAAUGUGUCUCCUCUCUCUCUCUCUCUCUCUCUCCCACACACACACACACACACAUCAACACACAUGCACACAGAGCACGCACACACAGAAGCCUGCGUGCGCACGUGUCUUAAUGUAAUGCAAUGACCUGCUAGAAAAAUUAAUAUACGGAUGUGCGUCCUGCUGACAAAGCUGUGUGUGUUUUUGAGAAUAAAAAAGAUGUACUGUAUAUUAUGUGUUUGUAAAGAAAGAAAAAAAUGCAGAAUCCCCAAAUUAAAUUGUUUUAUAUUCUUACGGUUAAAACAAUUAAAGAUAUUUAUAUAAUGAACGAAAAA